UUUGAGCGGGGCGGUUGGCCCGGCAGGAACCGAACAGGGGGGGGGUUUGCGAAGCUGCCCCGUGAAUAUCUCCGGGCGCUGGCAGGGCGGAGUUCUUAUUGCAAAAACUGCAGAAGCAAAGAAACAAUCAUUUGAUAAGGAGAGAUGGAUGGAGAAGAGAAAACAUAUGGCGGGUGUGAAGGCCCUGAUGCUAUGUAUGUGAAGUUGAUAUCCUCUGAUGGCCAUGAAUUCAUUGUCAAACGAGAACAUGCGCUCACAUCAGGAACAAUAAAAGCUAUGUUGAGUGGGCCAGGACAGUUUGCUGAAAAUGAAACAAAUGAAGUAAAUUUCAGAGAGAUCCCCUCCCAUGUCCUAUCCAAAGUGUGCAUGUAUUUCACCUACAAGGUUCGCUACACUAACAGCUCCACAGAAAUCCCUGAAUUUCCAAUUGCACCUGAAAUUGCACUGGAACUGCUGAUGGCUGCAAACUUCUUAGAUUGUUAAAUAAAUAAAUUAUAAUAAAAAUGUAAACUUUUUUCAGUAUUUAAUACACAUAGUUCAGUUAGUAAUUUUUUUCAUAUAGCAUGUUGUGUACGUUUGGUUAAGGACUGUUGUAAUAGUCACUGCAAGAGGCCAUUACCUGCAGUGGUUUGGCAUGCUUGGAUUUUGUUUAGCUGCUUACACCAAUAACAGUCUUCUCACCAACUGAAAAAUAAACAUGUCAAUUCGUGGA